AUGCAACUUAAAGUGAAAAUGAACGGAGAAGAAGACGCUAAUCACCCUGACGCUAGCCAUCCAGCAAGAGAGCUGGACCGGAAAUUCCGAGGGUAUUCGAUCUGUCUCCCUCUCAUCCCUCGCUAUGAAGGUGAUCCGCCUUGCUGCUACGCGCCGAUCGUCGUGGUCAUUUCGCUUUCUGUCAAUUCUGUGCCGGUUUAUUUAAUUUUUAUUUUUUGCAGACCUUCAACCUUGCCGUUUCCCGGAGCAUCUUCAACAUCGUCUAUGACUCACACCAGUUAAAGAGUUCAUGUCAGCUAUUGAUGCUUUUUCAAGUCAUCAUCACAUUGCUUGUGUAUCAAUGUCAGGUGAGUUGGCCAUUCGUCAUCCUUGAUUUCAUAUUCAGUCAUCGUGACAUUCUUGAUGUCAUACUUCAGUGAUAAAGAUCAUUUUCGGUUUCAGUCUUUUCAUCAUAAGCUCACAAAACAAGAGUUGGCCCACACUUUCGGCGUCGAACAUGUUGAUCAUGUGCCGGAGUACGAUCUCAUCAGGGCCAAACGUCAUAUCAUUGACGGCGAACGGAAGAAGAUCGAGUUCAAGGCGUGGAACAAGAGUUAUGUCAUCGACUUGACUCUCAACAAAAAACUUAUUAGCCCUCAUUUGGUAUGUUGUUGAUACAAGCAGUAUAUUGUACAUGUUUCUUUAUUUUUUAAAAGUUUUUACUUGGGUUUUAAAAUAAUUGUCAUCUUUUUUAAUCGUUGUACCUAUUCAGAUCUCAGUAAUCCGUGAUUUAAAUAGUACAGUAGAAUACAAAGGCCUGCCUACUCUCGACCAAUCUUGCCAUUACAUUGGCCAACUCGUUGAUGGAGACCAUAAAGCUGCCAUAUCAGAUUGUAAACGUCUUCAAGGAGUUGUCGUUACAGAUGAACACUUCUUGGUAUUACAAUCUGUACCAAAACGACUGCAAGAUGAACAUGUAAGCUUUAUAUUUACUUUAUCAUCUUUUUGCUUCCUUGAUUAUCUAAGUAUUGUUUUAGGGUCCUCAUGUCAUCUACAAACGGGAGUCCGGCUUGAUCAAUCCUCUGGAGCAUUUCACAGAGUUUUCAGAAGAUACUAAGCUGACAGACAUAGAAGAGCACGGUGAAUUUUGCGACGUGAACACGGUAACUGGCGAUGACAAACAUGGCAACGAGAGCAGUAAGUGUCCCUUUCAUUGAUAACACUCCUUUAAAGAUCGGUUUCUGUAUCUGAACUACACGAUACCGUCGGAAGCCAAGCUGGAUUCUCUGUUCAUUUUCCCUCAGCUUGAUCCUAUUACUCUCGAGAUCGGAUUAUUCCUGGAUUCCGCGUUGUACGAACACUUCAAGCGAGAGUUUACUGCUGAUCCAGAAAAGCAUCUGACCGAGUUCUCGCUGGCCUUGAUCAACAAUGUUCAUGUGUUAUACCAACAGCCGACAUUGUCACCAAACUUGGAUAUUGUCAUCGUCCGUUUCGAAAUGUGGAAGAGUCAGCCGGUAAGAACAAAAUUUUAAAAAACAUGCAUUCUUGAUGUAUUAUCGUCCCUCAUACUCACGUUUUAGCCCAACUUGGCCUCACACCUACAUAAGAACGGGCAGGCUCAGACACUUCUAGAUUCUUUCUGUCGUCAUCAAGCCAGAAUCAAUCCAGGUACUGAUCUCACCGAUCCAGGACAUUGGGACCACGGCGUGUUACUAACUGGGUAAGUUAAAUCUUAAUUUGCAAAUUAUUUUAAGGUAUGACAUAUACCACACAACACCGUCGGUGGCCGGAGUUGCUCCAGUCGCUCGAAUGUGCGACGACUUGUUUGCUUGUAGCUUGGUUGAAGGGCUACAUCUUGGUCGAUCGUUUGUUCUGGCACACGAAAUGGGUCACAAGUAAGUUUUACAAACGUGUCUUUAUCUUCAUGAUGUAAUGUGCGUACACUGAAACUUAACAAUAAACCUACUUUAACAUUAAUAGCAUGGGAAUGGUGCACGAUGGUGUUCAAAACCAGUGUGGAAGAAGUUGCUGUUUAAUGUCUGCGGUUAAUGGAGCCGGUAAAACGACGUGGAGUGAAUGUUCAGUCAGAGAGUUCAACGCCUUUAUGUUGCAAUUAGAGUGAGUUCAAAUGUUCACGCGUAAAAAAGUAAUAUUUCAACCUUAUAAUUGUAAAAACUUAUCAGAUCAAAAAUUCAAUCUAAAAUACAGGGUGUCCAGAGAAAAGUGGAAGAAAGUCCAGGCUUCGUUCUCAAAAACUAGAAGUCCAAAUUGACUGAUUCUUUUUUUGUUAAGCUUCUAAUAGCAUGCGGAUUUGUUCUGUAUGAUUUUUUUUGAUCAUUCGGCGGAGGCUCGGCGAAGACCGGCGGACGGUAUUUUUACUGUUUUCAUGGUUAUUCCAACCUGUUUCGUAGCUACUCAUGUUUUAGCCAUUUUUCAAUUCAAUUUUAAAAUUUUAUUAAAAUUUCGUACCAUCGGCGGAGAAACCCGGCGAACGCCAUAACUCAGCCAAGUAUUGAUAUUUUUUUUCCAAACAAAAACUAACAUUUUCUAUGUUUCUUUGCCAUAAAAGUGGACUAAAUUUGGUAGUUUUUAAACUUGUGCACAAAAAUCGGCGGAGAGCACGUUUGUCGGCGGAGGCGAUAACUCUGUUCAAAGUCAAUAUUUUGACUUGAAACAAAAACCAUUAUGUUUUUAUGAAGAUCUUCUUUAGAUUAAAAAAUUUUUACAAGUUUUAAACAAAAAUGAAAGAAUCGGCGAAGACCCCGUUUAUCGGCGGAGGCCAUAACUUCGUUCAAAGUCAACAUUUUGACUUCAAACAAAAAUAAUUAUGUUUGUAUGUGAAUAUCCUCUAAAAUAAUAAAAUUUGAUUGUCUUCAAAUAAAAACUAAGGAAUCGGCGGAGAGUAUGUUUAUCGGCGAAGGCCAUAAAUUUGUUGAAAGUCAAUAUUUUUAUUUCAAACAAAAAACAGUGUGUUUGUAUGUGAUACUUCUUUAAUAUAAUGAAAUUUUGUUACACAUUUGCUUUUAACGUCAAGAGACCGCAACCUUAUUUGUAACAACAAGAUAUUUUUCGUAAAAAUUUACUAUUAACUAAUAUGUACUACGACAAUUGGUAUACGAACGUAAUGGUUUUUGCUUCAAGUUCAAAUAUUGACUUUGAACGAAGUUAUGGCCUCCGCCGAUAAACAGGGUCUCCGCCGAUUCUUUAAUUUUUGUUUAAAUUUUGUCAAACUCUAUCAUUUUAAAGAAGAUUUUCAUACAAGCAUAAUGUUUUUUGAUUGAAGUCAAAAUAUUGACUUUGAACAGAGUUAUGGCCUCCGCCGAUUCUUCCGUUUUUGUUUAAAAUUUGUAAAAAUUUUUUAAUCUAAAGAAGAUCUUCAUAAAAACAUAAUGGUUUUUGUUUCAAGUCAAAAUAUUGACUUUGAACAGAGUUAUCGCCUCCGCCGACAAACGUGCUCUCCGCCGAUUUUUGUGCACAAGUUUAAAAACUACCAAAUUUAGUCCACUUUUAUGGCAAAGAAACAUAGAAAAUGUUAGUUUUUGUUUGGAAAAAAAAUAUCAAUACUUGGCUGAGUUAUGGCGUUCGCCGGGUUUCUCCGCCGAUGGUACGAAAUUUUAAUAAAAUUUUAAAAUUGAAUUGAAAAAUGGCUAAAACAUGAGUAGCUACGAAACAGGUUGGAAUAACCAUGAAAACAGUAAAAAUACCGUCCGCCGGUCUUCGCCGAGCCUCCGCCGAAUGAUCAAAAAAAAUCAUACAGAACAAUUAGAAGCUUAACAAAAAAAGAAUCAGUCAAUUUGGACUUCUAGUUUUUGAGAACGAAGCCUGGACUUUCUUCCACUUUUCUCUGGACACCCUGUAAUAUACAAAGAAACAUACCUUUUACAGUGAAAGUGGCAGAGGGAACUGUCUUCGUGAUCCAGCCAUCAGUAUCACCAGCCACGAUCAUCUACAAGACGGCCGUCUCCCUGGCCAACGUUUCACGGCAGAUCAACAAUGUUCGUACUUCUGGGGUAGAGACUACCAGGUUGAGAUCCCGAACGGCCGUAGCAUGGAAGACAUCUGUCGUAUCUUGUGGUGCGGCAACAGCGGAUCCACCAUUUCGACGGCUCAUCCAGCGCUCGAAGGAAGUUGGUGCGGCGGUCAGAAAGUGAGUUUUAAUGAAGCGAUUCAUCUGUUUGUAGUGGUGUCAAGAAGGUCAAUGUCAACAAUGGAGAAGCCUCACGCCGCAGCCCGUUAUUGUGCACGGAGGGUGGUCACAGUGGUCAUCUGGAGACAAACAAUGUGCCAUUACACCGUGCCAGGUUACUGGAAGUAUCGCUGUGAAUGCCCAGUUGAGAACUUGUACUAAUCCUGCGUAAGUUAGUAUGCUUCCUCGAUAAUCAUCAGCAUUCCUUUAUUAUUAUACACUAUCACCACUUUUUCGUUAAUUAGGUAACAUUAUUAUCAUUCCAGACCAAACAAUGGAGGUCGCCAAUGUUCAGGAGCCAACAUCCGAGGACUGGUUUGUGGAUCAACAAAGUCCGAAUGCAAAGGAUUAACACAAAAAGAAUAUUCAGAUCACAUUUGCUCGACAAUAAAGAACGAUCCCAUCAGACCGGACCGCCAGUUAAGCGGGAUCGGCUUUAUGCGUGAGUAUUCUAAUGUCAAGUUACUAUUUUUAGACGCGAACUUUAUUUGUUUUAUAAAAUUAAAAAACGGAAUCAAAAAUAUAAAUUUUGUAAAAUAUUUCCGAAAACUCCAAUUUGGCCUAUUUUUUGGUUUUUUGAAAAUAUUUUGAGCGCCAAAACCAAAUUUUGUUUUGUGACAUUUCGCAACAAAUAUUAAAAAUAAACAAUUUAUUUGUCAAUUUUUUCUGUGCAAAAAUAAUUAUGAAAGUGCAACAUUGAUGAAAGUUUAAGAUUUUAACUUUUAGAUGCUACACAACCAUGUAAAGUUUGGUGUCAUGUAACAGGUUCUGAAGUGAUAAGAAACAAAGGACAACUGCCAAACGGGUCGCCUUGUGGAGAUGGACAUCAUUGUGUUGGAGGAGUUUGUUUGGUAUGUCACCUAUUUUUUCUCACAACACAGGAAAUUUUCCGAUCGAAAACUAAUAAAAUAAAACUUGUAGAGCUAGAAUUAGAUUAAAAACCUUAAAGUCUUGGCUAAUAUACUUUAUAAAAAAUGAAAUUUUUAGAAAUUGAGAUGCAAUGGCCGGGCUCUGGUGUCCAGUCUAGCCGACUGUCCUGAAGACAAUGCUCCAGCCUUCAGGAAUGCUCCAAAGUGGGACUCUUGGAGCGAAUGGUCGACUUGUUCUGUAUCAUGCGGAGAUCACGGUCUUCAGAAGCGAACUAGAAUCUGCAAAUCUGGAGAACAACAAUGUCAAGGAAAGCCUUCUGAACUGCGAGAUUGUACUCCUGAACCUAAGCCGUGCGAACGAUAUUCAGGAUGGACCGACUGGUCGAAGUGUUCGGUGUCUUGUGGAGAUGGUACACAGAAGAGGACACGGAAAUGUGAGAGUGGCGAUAACUGUUCGGAAAAGUUGAUGGAUGUUAAGAAGUGUACGGAAGUAAGUCUUUUUAUAAAUUGAAGUUAGGUUUAACUUAAAAUAGUUUAUAAUUUCAUGUGAAGUACUAAAGUUUUCACUGAUUUUAUAAAUUAAGAAUAAGGUUAAUUUAAGGAAGAGUGCCCUUCAUGGUCAGUGUGGAGCUCGUGGACAUCGUGCAGCGAAAAGUGUGGCAAAAAAGGGACACAGAAAAGGUCGAGAACAUGUCGCCAGAAAGAGUACCAAGUGUCAAAGGAGCUCUGUGAAGGCGAUGAGGAAGAAACACAACCAUGCCAAGAAGCCGUAUGUUUUUAUUUUCUAAACUUAUGCGUACUGUAGAUUAAAAAAUUUUGUCAUUGUGAGACCUAAAUAAGUUAUAUUGCAAGAUAUAUAUUGUGAUUGCAGGAAUGCGAGCUCCAAAAAGAAUGGGGCCCGUGGCAACAGUGUUCCGUGAGCUGUGGAAUCGGCUUCCAACUCCGAGAACGACAAUGUAAUGGCAAGCCAUGUGGCGGGAAGCAAGCCCGUACUUGUAAUGCUCAAGAUUGUAUAAAGCUGUCGGAUCAUAAUGUAAUGUCAGAGUGGACUUUGUGGAGUAAGUGUAGUCAAUCGUGUGGUCAAGGGACUCAAUCACGUCAACGUCGUUGUCUUUCUGGAAAGUGUAACUCAAACGAGCCAGUGUACGAAGAAAAACGUUGUGUACUUCGACCGUGUCCAACGUGGACAGCGUGGGAACAGUGGUCUACUUGUAGUUCAUGUUCAGAGCUGGAGACGAGAAGAAGGAAGCGGAAGUGUGUGAUUGGGUUGACUUUGUUGGAGGACGAAGUAAUAGAGAUCGACUCUCAGUUGUGUACUGGGGAAUCUGUGGAAACAACAAAGUGUUCUACGUAUUGUGAGGAUCCUCUGAAGGCGCCAGUGUUUCCUGUAGAGAGAGCCUUGUCCAGCUGGGCUGAAUGGGAAAGUUGGCAGGCAUGUUCUGUGUCGUGCGGAAAGGGCUUCAAGAAAAGGUAAGCGUUACUAUAAAGAAUUAUUGUCACUUUAAUAGUAGGUUGACCAAAAUGACGAUCACAAGGUCUUCUGUAUUUGAUGUUUCAGAUCGCGAAGAUGUCGUUCUGGCUUUGACUGUGAAGGCGAUGGAUUCGACUUUGAAAUUCAAAGUUGUAAUAAUGAAUGUAAAGAGCCUGGGGAGUGGAAGGAAUGGUCCGAAUGGUCACUUUGUAGUAAAUCUUGUGGGAAGGGAAAACAGACUAGGUCACGAGUGUGCUCACUCUUAUUGGUGUUCCUCUGUUCAGGCAACAGUACGGAAGAAAGGGAUUGUAAUGUGCACGAUUGUGGAGAGGUUGAGAAUACUGCUUUGAAGCUGAAAAGUUAGUUUUAUCGUUAUCUUUACAUCUUGUUGUUCUGUCGAUAUUAAGAUUAUAACUUUCGGUACAAUUAUUAUUGAUUACUGUGUACCAUUUCACAUUUAUAUUGUUUCAGAGCCUCAAUGGAGCGAUUGGAGUGAAUGGUCCAAAUGCAGCUGUUUCACGUUGAAGAAGUUCAGAAGGCGCUUUUGUAUCAUCAACGAUCCUACGGUACAAGGAUUUUGUAGCGGACCGUUGAUCGAUCAGAAGAACUGUGAACCAGAAUCUUGUUGUAAGCAAAGACACGUUUAGCUUUAUUUGUUAUUUUCACUUCUGAAUUUAGGAUAUUUUAAAUUUAAUAUGUUCUGUUAGUUCAUAUUGCGUAAUGUUUUAUAAACUUGUCUUUCAGUGGCGGUAACCGGAGGCUGGUCUUCGUGGAGUGAGUGGAGUCUCUGCUCCAAAGACUGUGGCGGUGUAGGCCACCAAAUCAGAAACCGGAUGUGUUCAGAGCCUCUACCAUCAAACAGAGGAGCGUACUGUACUGGAUACUCCUUUGAUCAGAAGACUUGUGAUCCUCAGAAGGCGUGUACGGAGAAGCCAGUAGACGGAAAGUGGAGUGACUGGACUGAAUGGAGCACUUGCUCAGAUCCUUGUCAGAAUGGCCAGAGGUCACGUACUCGGUUCUGCACGAAUCCUUCACCACAAAACAACGGAAAGCCAUGUCACGGUAACGACUUUGAGUUACAGCCAUGCUUGGAUCUACAGUUUUGUGGCAAAUGUAAGUUAAUAUGGCACUGUAUUUUUCACCACAGUAUGUUUUGAACAUUUUGAAAAACGUUUUUGAUUAACUUAGGGUUUUAUGUUCACUGUUUGUGUCAAAAAGUAUUUAGAAUUGCAUUUUAUUUUGUCGUUUUGGUGCAUCUGUUGACCAAAAUGGCACACUUUUCAAUCGCACUGCCACUUUUUAGCUGUUCACGGAGAAUGGUCCUCUUGGGACCGAUGGUCCAACUGCACCGAACAUUGUGGUUUUGCUUUUAAACGACGAGAACGUUAUUGCACAGCACCACGCCCUGACGGCCAAGGGAAGCCUUGCUCUGGGUCGGCUCACUUGGCUUCAGUCUGUAGAACGUCACCGUGCACUCAGCCGGCUACAGACGGAGAGUGGUCCGAGUGGAGCUCAUGGACCGACUGCACUAUGCACUGUGGCCACGGCACUCGCACUAGGUUUAAAAAGUUUUGUUUGAUGCACCUUAGGCUUCUCUCUUUCUAAUUACAGUAUUGUUUCAGGAGUAGGACUUGUGCCCAGCCUAGCAAUGGUGGAAUGCCCUGUUUCGGCCUGUCCGACCAGUCGGAAACCUGCACCACCGAUUCUGAUCUCUGCCCACUGACUACGAAUCAUACUGUAAUGGUGGACAAGUACCUGUCAGAGGCGUUAUCCUCCUUCUAA